AUGGCCGGCUUGGGCGAGGUGCUUGCCUGCCGCCUGGCCGCGGAGGACGAACGGUCGCGGCGUCAGCGGCAGAUGUUCGAGGAACAGCGGCAAUGGCUUCUCUCGCAGAUCAUGUCCCUGCCACGCGAGGCUGGGCGGCAGCAGCCAAAGCAGCCGCAACAAGAGCAGAGGCGGAGGCAGCAGUCUCAGCAGCCGAAGCCGUCGUCUCAUGACGCACGCGAGGCCAGGCGUGGUGCCGGCGUCUGUGUCGAGGAACGGUUGCUGGAGUACGGCAGGCAGAAGGCAGAUCGCCUCGAGAAGGCGCGAAUGGCGCGCGAGGAGGAGAAGGAGAUGGCCGAGAGAGUCUCGCUGCGAGCCGCGGAAAUCAAACCACAGAGGUGCACGCGUGCCCCCAUGCCUAUAAGCGCAGAGGAGUUGUCCCGCAAGCGGGCUGAAAGGCACGGGCGGCUCGUGGAGGAGUCUGCGGCUGAAUUAAGUUUCCAGCCGAGAAUAUCAGUCGAGUCGGCCCGACUUGCGAAGGAGCGCAAGGCGAAGGAGCACAUCGAGGGCAUGCCCGUGGUGGAGAGCCUUCUGUACCGCAAGGCCGUGGCGGAUGAACGCAUGCAGCGAAAGCGGGCCGAGUCUAACGUGAGGCGCGCGUCCCCGAUGAUCACCGCGAAGGCGAAGCAGAUGGCACUUCCCUUCACCGCAGCGGAGCGGCUCUAUUUGCACGCAAAGGAGAGACAUAUCGAGGAGAAGGACAUGGAGGAAAGGCUACACGACGCCAUUGAGGACAACCUGGAGUGCGUGUUUCAUCCUUCCAUCUCCGAAAUGGCGGAGAAGCUGCAGCGCAAGCCGGGAAGACAUGCGUACGAGGACCUGUACGAGUACGGUGUUCUACAGCAGCAACAGCGGCGCCAUGCGGCAUCGCAAGAGGGCGUUGACUUUCAUCCUAGCAUUGACCGCGUGAGUGAAAUCAUCGCGACGCGCAUGAACGAAUCUACGACAGACCGUCUUCUUAAGCCCCGCGAAACCAAACGCGCGGCAACACCUCCCCCUAAAGUGCAACUACGCCGCGAGGACCUCGACCAACGCUUCACGCAACUGUACAUGGAGAGUGGCGUGAGGGCUGCUCGCCGCCGCUCCCUCUCCAUUGGGCAACAGGAGGCGGGGCCGGAGUGUACCUUUGCCCCGCGCAUCAACAGGAGUCGCGUCUCUAACGGAAGCCUGGCUGAACUCCCACUGGAUGUGCGCAUGCGCCUGUGGCAGGAGCGCCGCAACCAAAAGCUGAAGGCGGCGCGAAGGGAGGCUGAGGAGAAGGAGGAGGAGGAGGCUGCGUGUCCGGGCGCUGCGGCAGUAGCCACAGCUCCAGUCACGCCAUCGUCACGCGUGGCUGCUUCUCUCAUGGAGAGGGCAGAUACAUGCCGACCACAGGAGCUGAUAGGUGACUGCGCCGCACUUGGUAUUGAGCCACAUAUGCACUCCAAUAGUGAUGUUGCGCCAACACCGGUGCGUUCCAUUGAACACAGGAACACUCUUCUUCACGCGCUACAGGCACUGGAGGACGCUGAACGUGUAUCGCAGUACAUUAUGGUAGACUAG